UGUAUCCACAAAGUAUUUAAAAAAAUCUUAAUACGCCAGUUACGCCUAGAAUAUCUGCCUAAGCAAACCAUGGUGGUACAAGUGGUGACUUCCCCCCCAAGAUAGGCCAGGACUAUUAGAUAAUCCAACAGCCGAAAAAGCCUUCAGAUCCAGUCCACUUCCCUUUUUCGCUGCAAAGCUCCGGAUUGCCUUCUCACACACGCACGUAACUUACAACACACAAAGCAAAUAUCUAAACACAUCCCUUUCUCAUACUGAAGUUUCUCUUACUUCAAACCCCCCUUCCAAUUGCCAUUGUCUCAAGACAAUUGGCCAAUUCGCCUACCGUCGCGUUAUUGACACGUCGCACAUUCUGUCAGCCUCACCUGCGUCGAAUCGCAUAGGAGACAGUACCAAGUGCCACGCGCCCACCUCCCCCCCCAAAUUCUUACCUCCAGGCUCUUCCAAGUUUGAACCCACCCUAAAUUCAAUUCUUGUUAUUCAACCUACACCACUACCAACUAAACAAACUACAAACUAUUUCUCCACCAUCUUUACAACGCACAACUCACAACUCAACCAACCGCCCACCAUACUGGUGUUAUCGCCGAUUUGACUGCUAUCGUUGCAAACCCCUUCUAAGAAGGGAAAUUCAUCUAUUUCACAUACCAUAUUGCCUAACCUAAGUCUUAAGAGAUGGCUGAGGUUCAGGCUCGAUCACAGGCACCGUCCUCUCGUGGUAGAGGUGGUGGCCGCGGUGGCAGAGGAGGCUUCGCCAACCGUGCUUCCGCAAAUAGACGGUCUAACGGUGAUAAGUUGACGAGUGCAGAUGCAAAUGCAUUCGAAGACGACGGUGAUAUUAGCCAACUUAGGAAGCAAUACGGCGAAAAGCUCGACACUAUCAAAGAGCUAUUCCCGACCUGGUCGGAUGCCGAUAUUCUCUAUGCCCUCAAGGAGACAGAUGGCGACGUUGAAGUCGCUGCUACUCGAAUUGCUGAAGGUACUAUCUCCCAGUGGGGCGAGGUAUCGAAGCAAAAGAAGACUACUACCCGUCCUAAACCGAAGGAUGCUUCUACCGCAGCUGGUCUCGUCGAAUCGACCGGUAACAGCAGACCAGUUCGUGGCGGUCGCUCAGAUGGUGUACGAGGUGGUCGUGGUCGUGGCAACGAGCGAGGUCGAGGAAGUAGCAGAGGUCGGGCAACUUCUCACGCUACUACGAAUGGUCAUCGAUCCAAAGAGAAUCAGCAACUCUCUAUUCCGACUGAAGAAUCCUCCGGGUGGGGAAAUACCAAUACUACUACUACUGAAGAUACUACUGCCAACGAUCACGGCGCCUCAGUCUGGGGCACAACUGAUUCUACUACCGAAGCUACCACUACUCCCGCUCCCGCCCCCACCGCCGCUGCUGUUGAACCAACCCCUGCUAAACCCAGUGUCAUUCCGCAAGGUACGCAGAAGACUUGGGCUAGCAUGUUACGCCAAUCGACCGCCCCUAAGCCAGCACCGAAGCCGAAAGAAGUCCCUGCGCCAAAGCCCGCCGAGGUGUUGGAACCUCUUCCUCCCGUCGAGCCUACCCCUACCGCCCCCGAGCCCGAAUCGCAGCCUGCACCCGAAGAAGCUCCGAAAGAAGCAGUCGAACAACCUGCCCCUGUAGAGACACCUAAGGUCGUUGAACCCGAAGUUGUACUACCUCCCCCCGAAGACGAUUUGACCCGAGUCAAUCUCGAGCAGUUACCCGAUGAAUCGCAGCCCCCAGCAACUGCCACAGCUGCUAGCACUGCUGCAGAUUCCUGGGAUCCCAGACAACCGCAACAAAGUGCUACCGCUACUCCGCUCUCAGCGUCCCAGGCCCAACAUCAGGCUACCCGUCCUGCUGCUAGUGGAUUUGCCACAACGGCCAUCAAGGCGACCGAACGUCCCGCACCUCGCAUGCCUAGUUAUCAAAAGCGUAUUCUUGAACAGGAAGAAGCGGUACGGAUGCCUGGCAACCGUGAAGUUGACCGUGCUGCCGUACAGUUCGGUGCUUUCAGCUUGAACGGAAUUGAAGAUGACAUCGAUGGUGACCGUGAAGAUCCCGAGACUAGGACACAGCCGCCACCCGAGUCUCCAGUUGCCGUUCCCCGUGCCUCGCUGCCUCCUGUAUCUCAACCUGCUGCAGUAUCUGAUGCAUUUGCAGCUGCUCAGAAGCCGGCCACGUCUUUGCCCUCGGCACCAAGCGCAACUGGUAGAGCACCCUUUCACCGUUCCCAGAAGAAGAAGUACACUAACCGUCGUCUAGCGACGCCCGUAGCUCCCCCAACCGGCCCCGCCGCCAUAACAGCUCAGCGUAUGUCAGAAUAUCCCCAAGUCAGUCACCCUACUAAUCCCCCCAUAGCGCCCCAAGCGCCCUCGAGCAAUCAGCAAUUCGGACGCUAUGGUCAAGCCAACGUGCAAGAACCGGCUGGCUUCCCACAGAAGCCAUUUGAUACCUUCGGCCAGCAGACCGCUACAACGUCAGCCGGUCUAGAUACAUACCCAACGCCUACUACCCAAACGUCGGGACCGCAAACUAGUGGGGCAUUCAGCUCUACCCCGAGCGAUUACCCACCUUAUUCGAACGACCCGCAACUUCGGAGCACCUAUAAUAAUUAUUACGGUCAGCAGCAAUAUGGACAGCACGCCGGCCAAAGCCAUCACGAGACUUCCAAUGCUCCAAACCGCGGAUUUGGUAGUUACAACGCUGGCCAGACUGAUAAUCUCAGCCAAUAUCCCCAAAGCGGCGCUCAGCAGACUAGAUACGGAGCUGCUGCCUCGACCGAAUCUCAUAACAGCGGCCAUAACACGCCCAACCCGAUCGGCCAGGGCGGUCAACAGGCUUCAAGUCAAGCAACCCAGCCCCAGUCUAACCUUCACCAGCAGCCGCAUACUACCCAGUAUCCUUAUUCGCACCCGUACUACUCGAGUCCGUACUACGCCCAAUACAUGAGCCAGUAUGGUAACGCCUAUGGACAGGGAGCAUACGGCAGCCCAUACGGUAAAGGGGGACUUUAUGGACAACCUCACCAGUACGGGAUGUCCCCGCAGGGUCCUUAUGACCAUACCUCUUCUCCUGCAACAAGCUUUGGUCAGUCCUCUCUAGGUGGCCGUGAUAGCGCGAUAGCUUCUGGUAUCGAAAACUAUGGUCGAGCAGGUUCUACCCAAUCGGGAGCGCCUGGUGGUCUCGGCGGUAGCGGAUUUGGAGGGAUGCAUGACACGUUUGCACGUGGUUCCGGCUACCCUUCUCAAGCCGGGCAGUCAUUCAACGCCCCGAACGCACCUGGUUCAACUACCGGCCCCGUGAACGACGAUUUGAAGCCGUAUGGCGACUCGAAGACAGCUGGCGGACCUAGUCCUUCCCUUAGCGCUGCAGCAAGACCGGGCUCUGCUACAAACACCACUGCUGGAUCAGGGCUCCCACCUCCCCAGUCAGCUCAGCAAGGGAUGGGCGGAUAUGGGGGCUAUCCUAGCCAUCUAAGCCACGGCCUGCACGGCAACCAAUCUGCAGGGAGCGCUUACGGUCUCGGAGGUACCGCUGGCCAAGGGCACGGCAACGGUCCGUAUGGCGGCUACGGUGGUAACCAAGCCUUCGGAAACUACUAUGGAGCGCGACAACAGCAAGGUGGCUGGGGCGGCAAUUACCACUAGGCAUCACGUAAGCCGUCGAAUCGCAGACCUUGAACCUAUAUAAGGGGCUUCAGGUUAAGAUCCAACAGUAACAGUACUACCUAGAUCCAAAGUACUACUAGCACAGGUGACAACAAUGAUCGUUGCCACCUUUUCUCCCUUUAUUUUCCCGCAAAGUUGAUCAUGAGACUUUCUCUACUCUAAUGAGCUCUUGGGGGUAUCGCUUACUCCCUCCUUUCUAUUGGCGGGGGCAUGGAACGGACCAGAAAAGUUCUUGUCGAGGUACGGGGGUCUGAGAUUUGCAUGUACGAUUGUUUUUCCUUACACAGGGUUACAUCUCCGGCAUCGAGGCUACGGUGCCUACACUAGGAUUAGGAUGAUACCGAUUACCAAAACUUUUCAUACUCGGUUGAGUAGCCCACAUAUUGUACGUCUUUAUUGAUACUUGUGACCAACAGUUUAAUCAUAAUAAAGAACGUGACACGCGUGAA